GCUGCUGGGUAAUUUGAAGACCACUGUUGAAGGGUUGGUGUCAACCAACAGCCCCAACGUCUGGUCCAAGUAUGGUGGCCUGGAGCGGCUCUGCAGGGACAUGCAGAACAUCCUCUAUCAUGGGCUCAUUCAUGACCAGGUGUGCUGCCGCCAGACCGAGUACUGGCCGUUUGUGAAAGACAUCCGGUGGCUCAGUCCCCACGCCGCCGUGCACGUGGAGAAGUUCAUCACCUUGCACGAGCGCGGCCAGAGCGAGCGUGCCGUGGCGGAGGCGUGGCUGCAGCACAGCUUGCAGUGCCACUGUCUCUCUGCCCAGCUCCGGCUGCUGCUCGGGGACAGGCAGUAUGUCAGAAAAUUCUACUCAGAUGCGGCGUUCCUGCUAAGCAACGCUCACGUCACGGCCAUGCUCCAGUGCCUGGAAGCAGUGGAACAGAACAACCCCCGCCUCCUGGCGCAGAUCGAUGCCUCCAUGUUUGCCAGGAAGCAUGAGAGCCCACUGCUGGUGACAAAGAGCCAGAGCCUGACGGCACUGCCUGGUUCUACGUACACCCCUCCAACCAGCUACGCCCAUCAUUCUUACUUCGGGUCCUUCUCCAGCCUCCACCAAUCCAUGCUCAACCAGGGCUCAGAGAGAAAAUCGACUUCCUCGUCACUCGCUGGCCCUUCCUGGAAACCUCAAGAAAGCAGAGGACAAGCCUCACCAGCCGAGGGUCAGGCUGUUCAAGCCUCUCUGCUUUCGAUCCCUGCAUUAGCCAGGGACUCCCCUUCGUCCCCGCCGGAGAUGAGCUGCAGCAGCCCUCUGACCAGCCCCAUCGAAGCCUCCUGGGCCAGCAGCCAGAAUGAGUCCCCGAGUGAUGCUAGUGAGGGGCCCGAGUACCUGGCCAUCGGCAACCUGGACCCCCGGAGCCGGAGCGCCAGCUGCCAGAGUCACAGCAGCAACACCGGGAGCAGCAGCCUCAAUUUGUUCUCCUCCAGCAGCUCCCAGAAGCCAGAGUCCACCACGUCCUCCCUAGGGGACCAGGAGGGCAGUGGGCAGAAACAGCUGUCUAGUGUCCUUCGUAGGUCCAGCUUCUCAGAGGGGCAGACGCUCACCGUUCCCAGUGGGACAAAGAAGAGCCACACUCGCUCUCAAUCAGAUACCAACAUCAUCUCCAGUGGAGCCCCAGGUGGCCCCAGGAAUAUCACCAUUAUAGUUGAAGAUCCCAUUGCAGAGUCCUGCAAUGAUAAGUCGAGGUUAAGAGGCUCCGUGCCCUACUCUGGGCAAAGCAGCGAAGUCAGCACACCCAGCUCGCUGUACAUGGAGUAUGAAGGGGGUCGGCCCCUGUGCUCGGGGGAAGGCAUGUUCCGACAGCCGUCGGAAGGGCAGUCCCUCCUCAGCUACCUCUCGGAGCAGGACUUCGGCAGCUGUGCAGACCUGGAAAAGGAGAAUGCCCACUUCAGCAUCUCAGAGUCCUUGAUUGCUGCCAUUGAGCUCAUGAAGUGCAACAUGAUGAGCCAGUGCCUGGAGGAGGACGCGGAGGAGGAAGACAGCGACCGAGAGAUCCAGGAACUGAAGCAGAAGAUUCGCCUCCGUCGCCAGCAGAUCCGCACCAAGCACCUGCUCCCUGGGUACCAAGAGACAGAGAGUGGAAGCUUUCGGGUCACUUCCAGCAGCUCCCAGUUCAGUUCACGUGAUUCCACACAGUUCUCCGACUCUGGCUCUGCAGAUGAGGUCGAUGAAUUUGAAAUCCAAGAUGCUGACAUCAAACGGAGCACACCCUCCAACGGCAGGCCCUUCGUUUCCACCCAGUCCUUCUCCCACUGCUUCCUGCACUCCACGUCUGCGGAGGCCGUGGCCAUGGGGCUCCUGAAGCAGUUCGAGGGGAUGCAGCUCCCUGCCGCCUCGGAACUGGAGUGGCUGGUCCCAGAGCACGAUGCGCCUCAAAAGCUCCUGCCCUUCCCCGACUCGCUGCCCAUCUCACCAGACGACGGGCAGCACGCCGACAUCUACAAGCUGCGGAUCCGUGUGCGUGGGAACCUGGAGUGGGCCCCACCCCGGCCUCAGAUCAUUUUUAAUGUUCAUCCUGCUCCAACGAGGAAAGUGGCCGUGGCCAAACAGAAUUACCGUUGUGCAGGGUGUGGCAUCCGGACAGAGCCCGAUUACAUCAAGCGGCUGCGGUACUGUGAGUACCUGGGCAAGUACUUCUGCCAGUGCUGCCACGAGAAUGCCCAGAUGGUCAUCCCCAGUCGAGUUCUGCGGAAGUGGGACUUCAGCAAGUACUAUGUCAGCAAUUUCUCCAAGGACCUGCUCAUCAAGAUCUGGAAUGACCCCCUGUUCAAUGUGCAGGACAUCAACAGUGCCCUCUAUAGGAAGGUGAAGCUGCUCAACCACGUCCGGCUGCUGCGAGUCCAGCUGUAUCAUAUGAAGAACAUGUUCAAGACAUGCCGUCUGGCCGAAGAGCUGCUGGAUUCCUUUGACACAGUUCCAGGCCACCUGACGGAGGAUCUGCACCUGUACUCCUUGAAUGACCUGACCGCCACCAGGAAGGGGGAGCUGGGCCCCCGGCUUGCUGAGCUCCUCAGGGCAGGGGCCGCCCACGUGGAGCGGUGCAUGCUCUGCCAGGCCAAGGGCUUCAUCUGUGAGUUCUGUCAGAAUGCGGCCGAUGUGAUCUUUCCUUUUCAGCUCCAGAAGUGUCGGACCUGUGAAGAGUGUAAAGCAUGCUACCAUAAAGCUUGCUUCAAGUCUGGAAGCUGCCCCCGGUGUGAACGCCUUCAAGCCCGGCGGGAGUUGUUGGCCAAGCAGAGCCUGGAGUCCUACCUGUCCGACUACGAGGAGGAGCCCACCGAAGCCCUGGCCCUCGAAGCCACCGUCCUGGAGACCACCUGAAGAAAGAGCUGUGCUCUCCAUCACGGGACUAGCGGCAACACACAAUGCGGAACUGAGCCACCCCUUUAAGGACUUUGCCCACGUGGGGAUUUUUUUUUAUAUAUAUAUUAUUUUUUUAAAUAACUUGUCUGACGUCCUUGUGGCAUCCUCCCGUCUGGCCUUGUUUUGGAUGGCGGGGUCCAGUCUGUUAGCGACAGAUACUUGCUCAGCACCAGGUUUUCGCAUCAGUGCUGCUAGGUCCCUAUAUGAAGCGUCUAGUGCCUCCGUCAGGAAAGGCCAGCUAGGCCCAAAUCUCUAGACCUUCCCGACCUCCUCCACCUGGACCUGACCUAGGCCCAGCCAAUCACCAGUGUCAUUUCCAGUUUGACUUCCUCUUCACGUGGGAGUUUCUGAGCCUGCCUCUCCAAUAACUCACUACUUCGCUGCUGAAAUGGGGGAUGGAACGUUUCUCUUCCCAAUAUUGGCCUGCGGUCAGACUGUGCCCUGAGGAGAAAUGACAGAGGGCAGGAUUACCGGGCAGGUGUUCUGCCUGGCCCCCUCCUGUCUUUGGGGGCCACAAUAACAGCAUUAGUCCUGCCUGGAACCCUCAGGUGGGGCCUCAAAGAGGCCGUCAGGACUGAGGUGCCACCGCGCCAAGAACAGAUCUGAUGCUGUGGUCAGGGCCCUCUGUGGCCUUAACCGUGGGCACAGGCGAGGCUCCAGCUCUGUUUAAAGAACAUCCAUCAGCAGAGCUGUUGGUAUGAGGUCUCGCGUCACCAACCUGGCUCUUUGCAGGUUUGCUCUUUUAUGCUCAGGCAGGGCUUCAAUGGCGUGCUAAGUUGAGGACAGAAACCCCAUGCCUCGCCUAGGGUCAGCGAGCCCCUUACUCCCGUGCCCUCCCUUAGAUGGUAGGCGUGGCUCCUAGUCAAAAGAAGGGUCAGACCCCAUUCUCUCUGGGCUUCCUGCAGCAGAGCUGGGAGCCGCCCUGGUGGUGGGUCUUUUGCCUUAUGGUUUCUUGUGUCACAAUUGGGGGGGAAAGCUUCCUGCUUAGUGUUGUGAGAGAACUUUGGACAAUUUGUGGAUGCGAGUGCGAAGGUCCCCGUGUUCUUGUGCUAACGAGAGCCUCUAGGCCAAUUAUGCACUUAACUCUUUCUCUGACCUUGGUACUCAUCAUAGCUAUUCAGUCAUCCUUUUCAGAUCACUAAUUUUAACCCUCCUCUUGUUUUAAAUGUAUUUUGCUGGAGAGAUUUUGUGGCUGGGACCUUGUCAAUGUCUGUGGUGGUCUUUCGUGGCUUUAGCGUUGAGCGCCAGUCCGGGCCGCCGCUCUGAGGACUGGCAGCUCUGUGAACUAUAGUAUUUUUGUUCUGGGACUGGAUUCUGCCCGUGUACUUGUCUUCCUACAGUUACUUGAUAGUAUGACCCCGGUGUGUGCGCUUCCCCAUGAGGCUGAAGGAAAGCUGCACGUGGCUGGUGGAAGCUGAGGAAUGACCGAGCUAGAGAGCCAGGGCAUGUCACAAGUUAGGAGCCGGGCACUGAGCUGUGAGCUGGAGCGAGAAGCCACAGGGAGCAUGUCAAGCCGGGUUCCUCUGUCUCAGCUGGGAGCCUGAAGGCCACGGCAGGCCGGGAGGCCCCAAGGCUCCUCUCCUUUCGCCUGUGUUGAGGCUGCAAAAACAAAGGCCUUUCUGCCCAGCCCAGGCUUGGGAGGGCUGACUCGAAGCCCCCUUGCCCUUCAAGGAGCUUUGGGUUGGGCAUGACCCCACAAUGCUCCAGUUUCACCGGAGGGAUCAGGCUUGUACAAAACAGUGAGCGCUUCCUCCAGUUGGGCUUGAAAGGCCAACGCCGGCUCUAAGUCACUACACCGGUGGAGCGCUGGCUGCCCUGCCUCUUCCAUGUUAGCCUGAGAUCCACGGAUGGAAAGCGCUGCCCAGCACCUGCAGCAGACAGGGCCCAGCAGUCGUACAAGUUCCCUGUUCUGCGCUGCUUUUAACUACCUUCCCAGCCCCAGCCCCUCCGACCUGACUGCCUCCCUGCUUUAGUGACCCUGGCACCAUGCCGUCAUCACUGCCCAAACACCCAUUUAUUUAUUUAUUUGAGGCUUGGGGGUGGGCGGGGGGAGGGCAAAAGAUGGACUGUCUUGAAAGCACUUUGCAAUUUACCAGUAUCUGAACAUGCCCUGCUUUGUGGGGAGAAGCUUCUGAAUGCACUGAAGAGAGUUCCUUCUGAAUGGAAUAGGAGGGAGGAUGUGUUCUCUGGAGAUAAAGGGCAAGAACAAUCUGCUUCCAUGGUGGAGACAAGACUCAAGACAGCAGAAGAGUGGGAGGCCAGUAUUUCCCACUUAAAUGAGGCCGUUACUGUCUUUCUCUGCCAAGGCGAGCGAGCUUUUGUGUAAUUAACAGAGAAGGAGCAAGCAUCUCGAGAGAUGCCCUAUGUGCGUGUAACUCGUUUUCCGAACCGCAUUUCUGUUCACUGUUGUUCUGACACAGCCUGACAGUAGUAGUUCUUGCCCCCUUAAAUAAACUAAGGAAAUGAAA